UUCAAACCCACCAACCUUUCUUCCUCAAACCCUUCUUCUUCAUCUCUCUGUCUCUGAAGUUGCAUGCUGGUGGAGGAGCAACAAUAAAUGGGAAAAAAAUCAAAAAUUAAAGAUGUUGAUCGAUCUGAGCUUCAUAUUAUUCACUAUCUCAAUGAUCCUGAUUAUAAUUCAAGAAUGUUGACAUGUAACCAUCCACUUCCUCCGGAUCGGUACAAUGAAAGGGUGGAGGAUCAUCUAAGAAUUACCGGGUUCUAUCAUGCAUCUCAGAUUGGCAUAGUGCAGUGUCAGAAAGCAUUGGUAAAUGCUCUAAUUGAACGGUGGCACCCGGAGACACAUACCUUCCACCUGCCCAUUGGUGAGUGUGCUGUGACACUUGAAGAUGUAGCUAUGAUCCUUGGUCUUCCGACAGAUGGUCUUCCGGUCACGGGGAUGACAAUGAGCAGUUAUGAAGCGUUGGAGGCUGAGUGUUUGCUUCAAUUUGGAGUUGCACCGCGUAUGUCUGACUGUAGAUCUAGUUGCAUAAAACUUACCUGGCUGCGUGAUUUAAAAGAAAAUUUACAUUUGGUUGAUGAUAUCAGUAUACAGAGGUAUGUGAGGUGCCAUAUUAUGUUGUUGAUAGGGACGAUCUUGUUUGGGGAUAAGUCUGGGGCAGGAGUGCAUUGGAAAUUUCUACCCUUGUUACGUGAUUUUGGUAGCAUUGGUCAGUAUAGUUGGGGAGCGGCAUGCCUGGCACAUCUGUACAGGGCAUUAUGCCGGGCAUCCCGUUAUAACUGCAAGGAAAUAGAUGGUCCACUAACACUUCUACUAUGUUGGGCUUGGAUCAGGAUGCCUUACCUAUCGCCGCUACCUAGGGAACCUCGAAGUUUUCCACUAGCAAACAGGUGGCGGAACUGGGAGCGUGGUGACCGACGAUUUAGAUACCUGAAGUUAGCUCACUUUAGGAGGUCGUUUGAUGAACUUCAGGAAGGGCAGUUUGUUUGGGUUGCUUAUGCUGUGGAUCGGGUGGAUCCUAACAUCAUUCCACCUGAAAUCUUCAUGCAGUCAGUGGUUUGGAGUGCUACAGUUCCGUUGGUAUCAUUUGAAUGUGUCGAGUGGCAUGCUACCGAUAGAGUUAGGCGACAGUUUGGUUUGGUUCAGGGACAACCUAGUCAGGAGGGGAAUCUAGAGAAGGCGCAUGGAGAAACCCUGAAGGGUCCAAAGAAUCUUAAUUGGGCCACGGAAGCAAGUCAUUCAAAAUGGGUGAUGCAUUGGUCAAACAGGUAUAACUACAUUCUCUCUGAGAUUCCGAUGCCUUCACAUGAUCUACUAGAUACUUACAUGCAUUGGUACCGAACAAAAUAUGGGGGCCACUUGAACUUGUCAAUUCUUGUGGGUCAAGAGAAUGAUGAAGGUGAUCAGGAUAUGGAGGAAGGUGAUAAGGAUAAUGAUGAUGGUAAUGAGGAUACCGAUGAGGGUAGUCAGGAUAUGGAUGCUGACAAUCAAGUGGAGGAGUCACAUUCGCCGCAUAUAUUACCUCCAACACCGGUUCCAGAAGAACAACCUCAAUCGUCAAGCCAUUAUGUACCUCAGACACAGUUCCCCCCAUCAGUUCCACUCAGUCAACAAUAUUGGGGUACCUCACAAUUUGAAACGGGAGAAGGAGGUUCCUUUAGCCAGUUGCUUGAGUUGAUGUCUGCAGACCCUGGACUACCACAUUAUGGCCAACAGCCUGACCUCAUGGCUGGUAGGUAUUCUUUGGAUGCGAGGUUCCCGGGCAAUACAUCGUCAGUGGCUUCUGGGGGGUUUGUGUCGGUUGACUCUAGUAGGAGUGAUGACGGACGUGGAGCUUUUUUUAGUCAGCAUCCUCACCGUGUAUCCAUGGGACUCAUUGAGGAAAAUGAUAACACACUCGAGAGGGAGACAGAUGCGUAUCUAGUGGAUGACCCGGAGGACCAACAGGAUCAUGAUGACGAUGACAUAGAGGAGUUUGAGGAGGAUGAAGAGUCUCGUAAUGAUGGUGUGGCACGCACCCCGGAUGAAACCUCCAAAGGUUACAAUCUGAGGAUUGAUCCACCACGUCGCAGUGCUAGUCGGUACACUCCAUCGGUGUUCAAAAAGGCGGCCAAGAAAUGCAAGAACUUAGUCAAGGAUGUGAAGUGGGCCAUGAGAAAGUAGUUGUCUUUUAUUUGUUGUAUUUAAGUUGUCGUCACGUGGACCAUGUUCUACUUAUGUAGUAUGUUGAGAGUAUUUAUGUUGUAUGAUUAAAGUAUCUAUGUUGAAUGGUUAUCGUAUGUAUGUUGUAUGGUUGAAGUAUCUACAUUGUAUGUUUAGAGUAUUUAUGCACUAAUACACUGUUCAGGUA